AUUCUUCCCAGCCCCCCGGAGACUAUUGCCUUGCACUGUUUUGGGCGCCUAUUCUAAUGACCCAAUCUCUUGAAGGGUCUUCAAAUUACUCGGUUUCCAGAGAAACGUCGUGUUCUCGGGGGCUGAGGGGGGCGAUGCAGACUAGAUCCGUUGUCUCCCCAUAACUUCCGACAGCCGACGCAACCUCACUCUGGAACGACCCAUUGAACUGAAAGGCAAUGGCACAGGAUGCGCGCACCUCGCGCGCACAUUCUCCAAGCCCAGGUCCAGUCUUAGAUACUCAGCUAAACGAGAAGCUAAGCGUUGUAGAAUGGAUGUCCGGACCGCCCGAUCUCACUCAAAACGAACAGGGUAAUCAUGAUCCAUUCCCUGAAUUCCAUCGCAAUGGCGCGGUUGAAGUGUCGCCCAAAGUUUUGCGCAAGUUAGAGGACUCAAUGACGGAGGGUAGACAAGAUAAAGAAUCUUCAGAAAGGAAAUUGCGAUCACUUCCGGGUUGGAUCCAAUCUGUCGAUUACAAGGAGCCUGAGGGUGAAUCAUCUGCUACCUCCCAGCUACUGCCUUCACAUCCCAAUGAGGCUGUUGUAGCCCAGCAUAACCACUCGCCGUAUACCACUUCAAAAGUGAAUUACUCGAGUGGAGGGGUAAGCUUGGACGAAGAGCGCGCUCGUGAAUCCCGCUGGAAAAAUUUCUCUAAAUCAAUUGCUUAUCCUCGGGAACCUGGUGCUGAGGAAAAACUUGUCACCCCCGAGUGGCUGAAUGAGAACCACACCGAUUACUCGACACCAUGGCGUGGAAGACUAGAAGACUGGGGGGAUGAGGAUACCGAAGAUCCGUUGAAAAAGAAACGACGGAGAGAGAUUUGGUUCAAACGCUUGCAUCAUACCUUAUUGAAGAGCCCGAUAGUUCCCUUAGUUUUUCGCCUAACGGUGUGGGUCUUUUCCCUCACGGCUCUUGCCCUUGGAGGAUCCAUUCAACACAUGGUGCAUGAGUAUGUGCAUCCCCAGGGACCCUCUGCGCUAAUGGCAAUCAUCGUUGAUGCCGUGGCCCUGGUCUACCUGGUGUAUAUCACCUGGGAUGAAUAUACUUCUAAACCGCUUGGUCUUCGCUCCCCGGCGGCCAAGGCAAGGCUUGUCCUUCUCGACAUUUUCUUUAUUGUCUUUGAUUCUGCCAACUUAAGUUUGGCCUUUGAAUCCCUGUCCACCGUUAGCGGUGCAUGUACUGUCGGGGAGAUUAACCAACAGGUUGCUCCUAAAAACGAUGCAAUAUGCGACCGACAAAUCGCGCUUGCCAGUGUUCUAUUAAUUGCUCUUUUGGCUUGGCUUACAACAUUCGCCAUUAGUGUUCUAAGACUUGUAGACCGUGCUGCUCAGUGAUUUCUCCUGUUUUGUACUUGUGCUAUCUAUUGGCCGCACCAUAUUCUCUUUGUUUAGUCUUCAAGGUCUCCCUACCCAUACCCGCUUUGCCUUUUUGAUAGGGACGUCUACGAUUUUAUUCUCUUCUUCUACCACCUCUAUUACAUUCUAUUCUUUUCUUCUUAUUCCCUUGGACCUACUUUGCUUCCACCUUUCAUUUCAUUUCUUCUAUCACGUUCCCUCCCCCUUUUCUCUUCCCCAGGUUUUGGGCCCUGGAUAGCAACGGCCGCGCACAUGUGAUGGUUAUGUAUGUAUAUACUAGUGAAACGAUGGAAUAUAAGCUUCAAUGAUAACCGGAGAA